CGUAGGUAGAAGCAUAGAGGUGGGAAUCUGGUGGCAAUACUUUAACAACCAUAAUUUUGGGAAGAUAAACUUCUGUCAAGAUCUGGAGAACUGUGUGACGGCUGUCUCUGCCAGCCUGUGACCUCCAAUGUGAGCGACCAGGCCGUGAAGGAAAUAUAAGGAGGAAAUAAUCUCCUUCCAUUCUUAUCCAGGCUGGGACGUCGCUGAGGCGGACACCAUGUCAGAGGGGAAAACGCUCACUGCGGAGGCAAUUUUCUCUCAGCUGCAGCAGGAGCAAGCCUUUUACGACACAGGUUCCUCAGGAGCUGAUGAUAUCUUUGAAGAAGACUCCUACUCUCCAUCCUCCCUCUCCUCAUCCUCCUUGUCCUCUGUCCCUCCAGUUUCCUCCCAGCAGGUGAAGAUCCUGUGCACCUCCUGUGGUCAGGAAAUUGUGGACAGAUACCUUCUCAAGGUGAACAACUUGUGCUGGCAUGUGCGUUGUCUAGCAUGCAGUGUAUGUCAGACAUCACUGGGGCGACAUGUGAGCUGUUAUGUGAAAGAUAAACAAGUGUUUUGCAAGCUUGAUUACUUCAGGAGGUAUGGCACUCGAUGUGCACGUUGUGGCCGCAACAUCCAUUCUACUGACUGGGUGCGCCGUGCAAAGGGAAGCACCUUCCACUUGCCAUGUUUCUCCUGCUCCUCUUGCAAAAGGCAGCUCUCUACUGGAGAGGAAUGUGGACUGCUUGAAAACAGGGUCUAUUGUCGAGCUCACUAUGACAUGAUGAUGGAGAAUCUGAAACGUGCUAAGGAGAAUGAGCAACCAAGCCAAGAUGACCAAGCCAACCAAGAUGAUCCAAGCAUUACUCCCCGACCUGCAAAGAGAGCCAGGACCAGCUUUACUGCUGACCAGUUGCAGGUGAUGCAAACUCAGUUUGCUAAAGAUAAUAACCCAGAUGCCCAGACACUGCAGAAGCUGGCAGAGAGAACUGGUCUCAGCCGCAGGGUCAUUCAGGUCUGGUUUCAGAACUGCCGAGCUCGUCAAAAGAAACACAUCAGUCCAAUGCAAGGCUCCUCUAACAUGGUGACAUCAUUUGGUCCUGGUCAGCUGACUCCACCCUUGAUUGAGGAUCUACAGUAUACUACCUAUCUUUCUCCUGACACGCCCCUUCUCACUACUCUGACUUAUAUGGAUGUUCCACUCCAAGCUCCUGACCAACUUUUGCUUCAGCCGGUCAUAUCAACUUCCAUGAUGCAGCUUCCAAUCAGCCAUGCUUGAGUUCUAGCACAUCUCUUG